AUGGACGAUGACGAAUUUCCUCGACGUGCGGGGAUGCCUGAUAUGACCAAGUCCAUGGUGAGUGGGAAGGCAAACCCUGUCAAGUUUGUGCGUGCUCGCGCAGGCAAAGGAGCCGUAUCCCACUACGGCGUUCGUCGUACAAGGUCUGCAGAGCAAGCCUAUGAUACGUCGGGGACAGAAGCUCGGCGUCAGCAGGCCUCUAUGCACAAAGCCAAGUCACUCCCAGAAUCGCAAAUUUUUUCCCUCCCAUCGUCGUCUUUCAAUGCGUCGUCUUGGGUGUCCUCUGGUGUAGCGCCACCUCUUGCUGGCCGGAACGUCGCAGGUAUCGGCCAAGGCUACAGCGGACGUACCAUUGAGCCCAAACGGACAGCUCUGAUCAUGCCUGGCCAGGGAUCCCAAUACAUUACCAUGGCACAGGACCUAUACCAAGCUUAUCCUGCCGCCCGAGGCAUCUGGGAAGAGGCAGAAGAUGCAAUCACCUCUUUCAUUGAAGGAAAGGAGGUACGUGGCAUGCCGGACAGUCCCAUGCGAGCUGCCUUCGAGGAUGUGCUACGCCAGGGACAGAGUCUGAAUGCCGCUGUGACACCACGAGGCAUCAAAUAUGAGCCUGGUUGGCUUCGUAAGGCUGUCUUUCAAGGAUCCCAACUGGACCUCACGCGAAGUGAAAUGGCCAUGCCUGCGAUCCUCACAGCCACACUCUCGUUUUUGUCCGUUUUACGACAUGAACUGGGCAUGGAUGUAGUCCGUGACCACGUACAAUGGGCUGCUGGGCAUGGAUCUGGCGUGUACGCUGCAUUGGUAUCUACUGGCUCCCUAUCCAAAUUCGAUGCGUGGAGAGCUGUUCGGUACCGUGGCUUGGCUGCUAUGAAAUGCUUGCAAGAUCAUCCCGUGCUCUUCCCCUCUGGAAGUCAGCGACCUGCCAAUCUCUACGAGACAUGGGCUUUCGCCAACAUGUCUUUCGGGAAAGGACGUGCGUUGCAGGUCGACGAAGACGGCAAUCCUAAGCCUGUCCACGAAAAUACAUGGCGUGGGACGCAAAUUAGUGCUGUGGUAUUGCGGUACGGCCAGCUACAGAAUGCGCUAGAAGAAGUGAAGGCUGUCCAGGCAGACAUCCAACAAGGCGCUGUCCCUGGUAUCUCGCCGGAGGAAUUUGUGGCUACAUCGAACAUCAAUUCCGAGGUUCAAAUCGUUGUGGCUGGGACUAUUGUGGGUGUGAACUAUGCCUGUGAUCGCUUGCGAUACAAGGGCUAUGGCGCCCGGGCUGUGAAUGUCCCCGUAUCGGGGCCAUACCAUACCUCCUUCGUGCACUCGGCCACAGAACAGUACAGCGAUGUGAUCAAAUAUCUUCCUAUCGAGCUGCCAUCCGAUCAUAUGCGUGUGGUGUCGUCCGUGGAUGGCAGCAUUCUUACAUCUGAAGAGGCCAUCCGGCAUGACCUAUCGGUGGCGCUGAGCGAGCCUGUGCGCUGGCUGGAUACCAUCAAUACCCUGGUGCAACAGGGCGUACAGCGCUUCGUCUGUCUCGGUCCGGGGCGGGCGAUCGCGCAGCAACUAAGCAAGGAACUUGCCCUACGAGAACGUGCCCAGCGACGCAAGAACCCUGGCCAGCAACAAACUGCUGGCACCUUGGAUGAUGAGCCAUCUCCGUUUGAGGUGUGGAGCGUGACAACGGCAGAGGGUGUAGCGCAGCUGGUAACAGCGCUACAGAAGGUCCCGCCUACUAGUCCCUAG